AUGGGUCAGUCGCAUUCCAAGGGAAACGCCGCGGGCGACCCGUUGCAGUCGUACCCGUCCUUUUCGAAAUCCGACACGAAAGAAUCAAUCCGUUCCUUCCGUGGAUCCAUUCGCUCCAAAAUCCGGAGCUCCGACAGCCCUCGGGGAUCGACUACCGCCCUCUCUCAGACCGACAGCCAAGGUGACCGCUCCGAUGCCGGUUCAAUCAGGUCCGCUAAAUCGUCCGGUAGUCGCCCCGGCUCCAACGCCGGCCUUUCCUCACCAGGCUCGGAAGGCCCUUCGCGAACAGGCUCUCCCGAACCCCCACCAUCGCCAUCGCUGUCAACCAGCCUGCAGCGUGGUCAUAAAGAUGUGAAUGCAAUGCAACAGAGUGGCGAGGUCGACCAUGUUUCGGAAGGUCCUCCUCAGGGCGGUCCGCCCUCAGGCCCUGGAGGUGUGGCUGGCGAAUCCAUCUUGAUUAAGAAGCCGAACCAGGUAAAUCCGAUAUUGGAUUUCAUCCUCAAUGCGCCACUUGAGACAUCCGGAUCCCCCGGCAUGGGUAUGGGCGCUCUGAAGUCCAUUGAUCUCGACGAUAUGAUUUCGCGGCUCCUGGACGCAGGCUACUCCACCAAGGUCACAAAGACCGUUUGCUUGAAGAACGCUGAGAUCACUGCUAUCUGUUCGGCAGCCCGGGAGACUUUUCUAUCUCAACCUGCGCUGUUGGAAUUGGCUGCCCCUGUCAAGAUCGUUGGUGAUGUUCAUGGUCAAUAUACCGAUCUGAUUCGUCUUUUCGAGAUGUGUGGAUUUCCACCUCAAUCCAAUUACCUCUUCUUGGGCGAUUAUGUCGACCGUGGAAAGCAGAGUCUUGAAACUAUUCUGCUUUUGCUGUGCUAUAAGCUGAAAUACCCCGAGAAUUUCUUUUUGCUUCGCGGCAACCAUGAGUGUGCUAAUGUUACCCGAGUUUAUGGGUUCUAUGAUGAAUGUAAGCGACGCUGCAAUAUCAAGGUUUGGAAGGGUUUCAUUGAUACAUUCAACUGCCUUCCUAUUGCAUCCAUCGUCGCAGGAAAGAUUUUCUGUGUUCAUGGCGGUCUUUCACCAAGUCUCUCGCACAUGGAUGAUAUUCGAGGAAUCGCACGGCCCACCGAUGUACCCGAUUAUGGGUUGCUAAACGAUCUUCUUUGGAGUGAUCCUGCAGAUAUGGAGGAGGACUGGGAGCCCAACGAGCGCGGUGUGAGCUAUUGCUUUGGAAAGAAAGUCAUUAUGAACUUUUUGCAACGCCAUGACUUUGAUCUUGUGUGCCGUGCACACAUGGUAGUAGAGGACGGGUAUGAAUUCUAUCAGGACCGGGUCCUCGUGACUGUGUUCUCAGCACCCAAUUAUUGCGGCGAGUUCGACAACUGGGGUGCAAUUAUGUCGGUCUCGGGUGAGCUCCUCUGUAGUUUCGAGCUAUUGAAGCCCUUGGAUUCGACCGCAUUGAAGAAUCACAUCAAGAAGGGUCGCAACAAGCGAAACAGCUUGUUGAGCAGUCCGCCUGCAAUCCCAUCCGCCCAAAGUUUCUAA